UUCAACACCACAACCUCGACCACCACUCUUCCACCUUCCGCUAUUUCUACCAUGGGGAAAGGCAAAGGCAAGAAAGGUCGGCACGAAGCCAAGCUCGCCGCCAAAAAAGCCGCCGAAGUCCCCAAAAUCCCCGGCGCACCACGGCCCGCGAAUCCGGUCAAGAAAGCGAAGAAGCUGCUCUCACGCGAGAAGAAAUCCGCAAUCAACACCAAUCCCCCUGGACCUGAAAAAUUCCCCAUUCCUAUGGGGCGCCCGAAGCCAUUUACGAAGAGCCCGCAGCAUGCGAAGUGGCCGGCGCUGUUUAAGAAGCACUUGGGGCUCAUCGAGUCGCAUAUCCGGGCUCUGGAUCGCGUGAUGCAGAGCAUGAAGAGUGAGAUGGGGCAGAUGCCGGAAAAGGAGCGGAUGGAGUGGGAGCUGGGCGAGAGGGGCAAUUGGAGGGCGAUUUGUGAGAUGAUGGAUAGGGCGAGGGGGGUGCUUGCUGAUGCGCGGAAGGCAGCGCAGGGGAUUCUACCUGCGAAGUCAUUGAAGGAUAAGAAGGGACUUGGUGUCACAGGCACGAAUUUCGAACCACUGGGGCCGAAGCUCGCGGAGAGGGCAGCUGAGCUGGGCUACACGAAGAGGGGGAAGCUAGGGAGGGACCCUGAUGCUGUCAGCUCAGACAGUGAUGGCGAUACCGAGAUGAGCGAUUCCUCUCUUUCGAGCGACGACGACGAUGCGGUUGUGGAGGGCGCGGAUUUCGUUCCGCUGAAUAUUGGCCAAAAGGUACCCCGAUUCCCGAUUGUGGAGGAUUCGGGCGAGGACAAGAAGAAUGAGACGGCUGCGAAUGGAGUUGAGCCAAACCCAUACUUUGUCGUUGAUACCAAUCCUACGCCCGUUGUUUUGAAUGUCAAUGGCGUUGGGAAGGAGAGCAAGAAACGAGCAAAGGAAGAAGACGGCGAGGGAAAGAAAUCAAAGAAGGCAAAAAAGGAGAAGGAUACCGCUCCCGAAGCUAGACUUGAACCUGCCGAGCCAGAAGUCGACUUUGCCGCACUGGAAGCCAAGUUGCAAGCCGAAGUUGAAGAAGCAGAAGCGGCCAAGGCACAAGCUGCUGAGUCAUCCGAGGACAAGAAAUCGAAAAAGAAGCGGAGGCGUAGCAGUGAUGGCACGGGGGGAGUAGUUGAGAAGAAGAAAGCCAAGAAGGACAAGUCAAAAAAGGUUGAAGAUGCGCCUGCCAAUAGCGCCCCCGAGCCCUCCCUGACCGCAGAGGAGACAGCUGCUAAAGAGAGUGGAAAGAAGCGAAGACUCUCCGAGACGGCGUUUGGCGUUGAAGUCGUAGAGAAGAAGGUCAAGAAGGAGAGCAAAGAAAAGAAGCGGAAGGUCGAUGCUGAUGGAGCUGAUGUCGACGACGGCAAGAAGAAAAAGCGGAAGCAUAAAGUUGGCUCUGAUUCCGAGUAGGCGGGGGGUGGCUUGUACAGACUUGAUUGCUUUACGAUACCAUGGUUUUUCAUCUGUUGGCUGGACGGAGUGGCAUUGCUGGUGUAUAAAAAUUAGAAGUGCUUCUCUUCCACUUGCUUCC